CUGUCAGUCAGCGGCUGUUGCUUUCUGCUACUGCUACCCAGUUACUCAAUAUUCCUAGUAGCAGUUUACUGUUUUGUAUUUUAUAGUCUUUUAAAUGUAAGAAUAAAUUUUAAUAUAAAAGUUUUUUACUGGGUCGCUUUUGCAGACACUGAACAACCGUUUUGAUGCAAGAUGGAAUUGGAUAAUGAUGAGAUUGUGAAUGGGGAGGAGCAACUCAAAUCGAGACCAUAUCAAACACAACUUGAAGAAAUAGCUAUUAACAAAAAUACAAUUAUACACUUGCCUACAGGUUCGGGAAAGACAUUUAUUGCAAUUCGUCUAAUCAAUAGAUUUCGAAAUGCUUUACGGAAGCCAUGGGGAGAAGGGGGAAAACGGACUUUCUUCUUGGUUAAUACCAUCCCAUUGGUCAAUCAACAGAAGAAAGUUAUAAGAAGUUUGUGCCCAGUGAAAAGUGUAGCCGGAUACAGUGGAGAAGAUGGCGUCGAUUAUUGGGAUAAAAAUAAAUGGGACUCCGAAAUGGCACAACAUGAGGUAAUAGUGAUGACGAGUCAGAUCCUCGCAGACAUGCUGACGCACUCGUACAUAAGGAUCGAGGAUAUCAACCUGCUGAUAUUUGACGAGUGUCACCACGCCGUGAUUGAUCACCCUAUGCGGCUGGUGAUGAAGCACUUCGAAACUUGUCCACCCUCCAAGCAACCAAGAGUCCUGGGGUUGACGGCGACUCUUUUAAAUGCAAAUGUAACCAUGCAAAAAGUGGAAAUAACUUUGCAUGAUCUGGAAACGACUUUUCAUGCGACCAUAGCUACGGUCAAUGAACUUGGCGAAGUGCUCAAUUACUCAACAAAUCCGAACGAGUCCAUGAAAACAUAUCGGCUUGGUGUACCAUCGCCAGCAGCGAAAGAAGCAAUCAAAAUUCUGGAACAACUGAUGCUUUUAGUUGUAGACAUAAAAUUGCCCAAAGUUACAGGCGAACCCAACAUUAAAUUGGAAAAGUGGCAGAAAGACAUAAGUUCAGAUACUAAGAGGAUCGUGAAAGAAGUGAAGAAUAUGGUGGUGGCUAUGAUAGGGUUCAUAGAAGAGCUGGGUGUAUAUGGGGGCGCGUUGAGUAUUCUGGCGUACCAAAUACUUCUCGAGCGACUGAAAAGGAAAGCGUUGUCGGCAGAGGAAGAACGUUUGUAUAAAUUUACGAUCACGCAUUCAGUCAUGGCAAGAAUGAUACUACUGAAUUCCAUGAAGGAUGAUCAUGGCUAUGACAAAAUUGUAAAACAUUCUUCGGAAAAAGUUCUGCAAAUGUUGAAUAUACUAAAAGAAUAUAAUCCAGAGCUGAUCAAUAAUCCUGGCGUUCUUUUAAAAGUCAACAUCGCGAAAAAACCUUUAUCAGGCAUAAUAUUUACGAAGCAAAGAUUCACGGCGAAAAUAAUAUACAAUCUCUUAAAAGAGGUUAAAGAGUGUAAUCCCAAGGAGUUUGGUUUUCUCAACCACGAUUUCAUUGUGGGGUUCAAUAUCAACCCGUUUAAGUGUACGAGGGAACAAUUUUACACGAAGAAAGCAAGCCAGACUGCGCUUUUGAAGUUCAGUAAUAAGGAAUUGAACUGCAUAAUUUCAACCAGCGUUCUAGAAGAAGGCGUAGACAUCCCUCAGUGCUUGCUGGUACUUCGAUACGAUCCGCCGUUGGAAUACAGAUCGUAUAUUCAGAGCAAAGGUCGCGCUAGAAGUUCAGACUCCAGCUAUGUCGUUAUGAUAAACGAAAACGAUAUAGAAAAAUUCAGGAAGCAAUACAGUGCUUUUCAAAACACUGAAAAGUAUAUACAAAAAAUCCUGGUGGGGAACACUGAGGACCGCAGUCCGCCCAGUCCGCGAGAGAUACAAGGCUUGUACGACGAAGAUGAAAUCCCACCAUACAUCACUGAAUGUGGCCAGCGCUUAUCAUCAGUCCAAGCAAUAAGUCUUUUGAACCGCUAUUGUUCGGUGUUACCCCACGACCAGUUCACCGUAAUCACUCCGAUGUGGGUUGAAGAAAAAGUCCAAGACAAACAAAGAGGCACACUGAAGCAGAUUAAAAUUUACAUGCCCAUCGCUUGUCCUGUUAAAGACUUUAUUGCGGGAGAACCUAUGCUGCAAUUGAAAACUGCUAAACGCUCUGCUGCUCUAAACGCAUGCAUUAGGUUGCACCAAGAAGGAGAACUUGAUUACGUCACAUUACUACCACGUAGCUACGGAACUGUAGAUUUCGAACUCCCCGAGGUUCGAGCUUGUUUUCUAAACUGGCCGUGGGAUGAAAUAGAGAUGGACGACGACAGUGAGGAAGAUCCUGAAUUUAAACCAAGACCUGGCACUAAGAAACGGAUGGGAAAACAUCCGAAAGUCUUGCCAUUAUUCCUCAACGGACCCAAAAACUCGACGUCUGAAGCACAAAACUUUUAUCUUCACAUCAUCACACUGAAGACUGUUUUCGAAGAACCAACGGAUCCCCGAGAGAGAGCGCUUUACAAUCUUCUCCGUCAAGGAGAAGGGUACGGGAUUUUGACCCCGAAUUCACUGCCGAAACUGUGCGACUUUCCGAUGUUCCUCACCGUAGGAGAAGUGUCCACGUCUUUGAAAAUGAACUAUGCCGUCAUAGCAUUAGAUGCUAAACUAUUCGAAUUAGUGAAGAGCUUCCACUUCUUCGUUUUCGACCAAGUUCUGGAGGUGGCGAAGAAGUUCACAGUGUUUGAUGGCUCAGUGAACAAUAUGUACGUGGUUCCAGUGAAGUCGGACAAUGGGUUCGACAUCGACUGGGCGGUCAUGCAGACUCAUAAGGAGAUCCGCCCCGUGUGCGAACCUACUUAUGAGGAAAGAAGAUCCUUAAAUGUGACACAAGAGAAUUAUCAAUAUCACGUUGUGACGCCGUGGUAUCGGGGAGCCAUUUUGCCAGCGAGGUACAUAGUCUCCAAUAUAUUAGAGUACAUGAGCCCCAAGUCGAGGUUCGAAUCUGACGCAAAUAUCUUCGGCACUUAUGCGGACUACUACUCCAAUAAAUACAACUUGGAAAUCCUAGGCAGCAAAGAUCAGCCUUUGUUGGAGGUCCGCAAUAUAAGCACAAGAAUGAACUGUCUGAUGCCUCGCGCAGCUUCAAUCAACGCGUUCACAGACAAACAAAGGAAGCAGAUUUCUCUCGCCCUGGGCGACGACAAACCGAAAGGGUUCCCAGAAAUCUUCAUCCCGGAGUUUUGUAUAAAAUACGACUUCCCCGGAGUACUGUGGUACAAGGCGAUGUUGUUGCCAAGCAUAGUUCAUAGAGUGUACAUGCUGUUAGUGGCGUAUGAACUUCGAGCGGAAAUUGCAAUUGAAACUAAAAUGGGCACAGUGCAUUUGGGACCUGGCGAAGAUUGGCUGCCGAUUGAAGUAAACCUUCAAGUGGCGGAGCAGUCUCUGCGGUCACACGUUGAAGACCCGACGCCUAUUCACACAAUUGACAGGAUAAACAACCCAAUAGACGAGGAAGCUCCACGACCUCUCAAUAUCGUCUCCAUGAAAGAAAGCUUGUAUCAACUGCAGAAGAAGAAAAUUAACGAGGAGUAUAAUUGGGCUGAAAAAAUGGAGCCUAUAGAUAUAGAACGCAACAUUUCGACUGUGACUGUGAUGGAUAUUGAAUGCUAUGACGAGUUCGUGUCUGCCGUGAUGGCUGUGCCCAGUGACCCGCCGAGCAUGUGCUCACCUCAGCGACCAACCCCCUCGGCCGCUAUACUGCCGCCGCCGGUAGUGCCGGUAAACAAGAUCGCCAUUUUGUCCAAGAAGCUGACCACUCGAGGCCCUGAGCUGCGCGACAUAUUGGCAGCGAUCACCACAAUUAACUCGCACGAUACAUUCAACUUGGAGCGGGUGGAGACUCUAGGAGACUCCUUCCUCAAAUUCGCGGCCAGCUUGUAUCUCUACCACAAGUUUCCCAAGCUGAAUGAAGGACAACUGACGAACAUCAAGUGCCGAUUUAUUGGCAACAGGAAUUUGUACUACGCCGGGUCCAAGGCCAGGCUGGGAGGCCGCAUGAAGGUAGAACAGUUUAGCCCCAGGAAAGACUUUCUGGUGCCCGGUUUCUUCGCUCCGAGGGAGAUACAAGACUUCAUCGAAACCAAGCAUGUCCGUCCAACGUGCCUCAUUGGAAUGUCGUUCUCCCCUUCGGAAGUGCUAUCAGGAGAGUUGACGGAUGAAAGCCGAGUGCUCAUCCAGCAGAGGUACUCGGAGAACGACGGCACCAUCGAGAGAGAACCCAUGUGGGGUGCGCAGGUGGCCAUGCAGUGCUACGUGCGCUCGCAAGCCGUCUCCGACAAGUCAAUUGCUGAUUGCGUCGAGGCGCUUGUUGGCACAUACCUUCUGAGUGACGGUAUCUUAGCGGCCGUCAAAAUUUUGGAAUGGUUGAAAGUUAUGCCUCCUAAGGACAACUUUACUCAACUCCUCACCAAGCCAAUAGACACGGUCUUGAAAGACAAGAAGACAACCGUUGAUGAAAUCGACAGGAUCAUGAACUAUUCCAGAGAAGAUGUCGAGCAGAUUAUUAAUUACAAGUUUAAAGAUCCGUCGUUGUUGUUGGAGGCUCUCUCCCACUCCUCGUACAUCCGCAACCGCCUCACUCGUUCUUACGAGCGUCUCGAAUUCCUCGGAGACGCCAUCUUGGAUUUCCUGAUUACGUCACAUAUCUUUGAAAAUUGCCCCGAUUUGAAGCCCGGUGAACUGACCGACUUGCGAUCGGCCCUUGUGAACAAUGUCACCUUCGCUUCUUAUGUUGUCAAACUGGGAUUGCACAAGUUCAUCUGCUCUCAACUGAACCCGGUCUUGGAGACAGCGAUUAUGGCGUUCGUUGAGCAUCAGGAGCGCAGGGACCACAACAUCGUGGAAGACGUGCUCUAUCUCAUCGACGAAGAGGACUGCCAUAUUGCAGAGUACGUCGAAGUGCCCAAGGUUCUGAGCGAUAUAUUCGAGUCGCUUGCCGGCGCGAUAUACUUGGACAGCGGCGGCAGCCUAGAGGCGGUGUGGGCCGUCUACUACCGCAUCAUGUGCAAGGAGAUCAACCUGUUCUCGCAGAGGAUCCCGCAACAACCCGUCCGCGUGCUGCACGAGAUGAUACACGCUUGUCCGGAGUUCGGGAAAUCAAUAGUUCCGGACAAGGGCUUCCCUAAGGUGAUGGUACCAGUGAAGGUCACAAAGAACGGCAAACAGCACACGGUCCACGGGUUUGGUAGCAACAAAUUCCAAGCGAAGCGAGCUGCUGCUAAACUAGCCCUUAAAGUGCUUGGUUUGUAAACACAGGUGAAUUACGGCACGGGUGUGGCGCGAAAAUAGGUUAUUCACAUCGUACGAGCACUUAUUCGGAAUGUGCACGUCAAUAGCGCCAUCUGGCAUACGCAACUUUAGGGGCUUAUUUCAAACAGUGAAUAGCAAAAAAUUUAUAUAAAAUUUAAACUUUUUCAGCUGUUAGUUUUGCAGUUUAUAACACAAUAAUAAUUACCAAUUUUUAAAACAAUAUUGACAAGUUUCCUAUACUCCUUUUGUUGAAUAUGUCUGCGAUCGUUUACUAUACCGCCACCAUACUAGUGUUGAAAUACGACCAUUUCAUGAAAUAGAAUAUCACUGGUUGGCCGCAUCAUGAUGUAGUUUGGCCAGAUCAAUAAACACAAAACGUUUAUGAUUACUUCAUAUGGCAAAACUUUGGCAAUCAUAUCGUAAAAUUAGUAACAUUAUCCACCGGUAGGGCCCUGGUGUCGAUUACAUUUAAAACUAGAUUGAUAUUAUAAUCGAUAAAUCAAUGUAAUUGUAAAAUUUUCCAUAUCGAACAGGCACGUAAUUUUGAACCUAAGAAAUUAAUCGACUAUUCGCAUUUUUUUUUUGACACCGCGUACAUUAACGAUAUGGUCAAACGUUGAUUGAUAUAUCAUUAAACGUUGAUGUUUCAACCAUUAUGGUCAACUUAAGUUGGCUAUUUAAUGAAAAAUGAAAUGGACAUAUUUCAUGAAAUGGUCGAACACAUCAUGAAAUGAUCAAUUCUAUGACCUGGCCACGACAUAUACACAUAGUAGUACUCGUGACCGUACCUACCGAAUUUUUGAGCUAUUUAUCUAUGACAAAUAUUGCAUUUAAAUAUGGAAAGUAAAACAAUAUCCUCGGAGUUGUUUUUUAUGAUUCAUACGUACAUACUAUACGUAUAAUGAGGGACUUUCCAGGCUACGGGUCCCUCAAAGACAAUAUAGAUGGCGCUGUAUAGAUUUUCCUUCGUUUUACCUUUUAAUUUCAUGGAUAACAGACAUGCAUUUUUUAUCUUCGUUUUUGGGUAUAAAUGUUUUUAUUACGCUUUUUAUAACCCUUUUUUAUUACGCCCAGGCACAAUUACAUCUUUCAUUCAUUAUUAUUCUUAUCAAAAUAAAAAGAAGCAAUAUAGGUAGCAACAUAAUUAUAUACAUAAUGUGAUCCAAAUAUCAAGCAACAAUUAUUUUUGUAUAUGAUUAUGUCAUGACAUUAUAAUUAUCACGUUAAAGCUGUACAGAGGCGUCUAUAUUGUUUUUGGUGAACGUAGCCUGGACAGUCUCAUUUGAAAACGAAUUCGAACUUUGUGUAUGUCAGAAUCGCAUUGUGCAAGUACCUAUAUUAUAAACAUCAGGGGGUUAAAAUGGCCACCUCGAAGCAAUUCAUCUAAGAAAGCAAUAUUGCGAUUUGACAUUUGCGCAUAUAAAAGUAAGUGCGCAAUGCAAACAAAUGUCAAAUAGCAAUAUUGCUUUCUUAGAUGAAUUCUUCUGGGGGGUUAAAAUGGCCGCAUCGAAGCAAUUCAUCUAAGAAAGCAAUAUUGCAAUUUGACAUUUGCGCAUAUAAAAGUAAGUGCGCAAUGCAAACAAAUGUCAAAUAGCAAUAUUGCUUUCUUAGAUGAAUUGCUUCGAUGUGGCCAUUUUAACCCCCCCAGAAGAUAGUGCAAUAUGUAUUGCGUACUAUGCAUAGUAGUAAUUAAGUCCAAAUUAAAUUCAGUAGUAUUAUGACUUUAUUCCUAUUUUAAAUGGCACAUGUAAUGACAGGUGCGAGAUUUUGUUUCUAUUUUAUAUCAAUUGUAUCUUUUCUUGAAAUGGAAUUGUCGCUGUAAGGUGCAUUUAUUUGUUUAAAAAUAAAUUUUAGAAUUCAGAAUUAUAGUCGGUUUGUAUUGGCUAGAAUAUUUUUAUACAUUAACUAGGAGAUUAUUUUUUAAAAAGGCUGUCUUUCGGAUUUAGUAUGAAAAUCUAAUUAUAUUAUUAUUGAAUUUGUUAAUACGAAUUACGGUUUUAUUUGAUUCUCAAAUUUUAUUAGUCGCAAAUGUAUGGAAUUAUAAUGAUGGACUGGAAAUGUAAAUUGUGAGUGCUGAGCCUAAAUGAAAUGUUUAUGUUUAACUUUUAUAUUAUCUAUAAUAAAAUAUUUAUGUAA